UCUGUGUCACCCCGGGCCAAACCCGCCCAGCUCCUCUCACUCACUCUCCGCCUGCUCGCUCUCCCGCACGGCACGGCUCGGCUCGGCUCUGCUCGGACACACGGCAGCAGUCACUCACGGCAGACUCAAUCACACACAGCGAGGACGAGGAAUGGAGACGGAAGGGAGCCAGAGCAGCCUGUCCAGCACGGACUCCCCUCACGACCCCUGCAAAAUGUUCAUAGGUGGACUCAGCUGGCAAACAACACAAGAGGGUCUGAAGGAGUACUUCUGCAAGUACGGCGAGGUGAAGGAGUGUAUGGUGAUGCGAGAUCCGGUUACUAAGCGCUCGAGAGGGUUUGGAUUCGUCACUUUUGUUGAUCAGGCCGGCGUGGAUAAAGUUUUGGCCCAAACCAGGCACGAGUUGGACUCAAAAACAAUUGACCCAAAGGUUGCUUUCCCCCGCAGAGCUCAGCCCAAGUUGGUGACUCGAACCAAGAAGAUCUUCGUGGGAGGCCUGUCAGUGAACACAACCAUCGAGGACGUCAAACAGUACUUUGACCAGUUUGGGAAGGUCGACGAUGCCAUGCUCAUGUUCGACAAGACCACCAACAGACACAGAGGCUUCGGUUUUGUGACGUUUGAGAACGAGGAUGUGGUGGAGAAAGUCUGCGAGAUUCACUUCCAUGAAAUCAACAACAAAAUGGUGGAGUGUAAAAAAGCUCAGCCCAAGGAGGUGAUGUCCCCCACAGGCUCAGCCAGGGGGCGCUCUCGUGUGAUGCCCUAUGGAAUGGACGCCUUCAUGCUGGGCAUUGGUAUGCUAGGUUAUCCAGGCUUCCAGACUGCCACAUACACCAGCCGGAGCUACGCUGGCAUCACACCUGGAUACACCUACCAGUUCCCUGAGUUCCACUUAGAGAGGACUCCCCUUCUGACUUCACCCCACCCCCCUGAGCUCACAGCCAUUCCUCUCACAGCAUACGGACCAAUGGCAGCAGCAGCGGCAGCAGCAGCAGUAGUUAGAGGCUCCACCCCGUCUCGCUCAGCUGGGUUCUUAGGUACGAGCAGCCCGGGGCCGAUGGCAGAUCUCUACGGAACAGCCAGUCAGGAGUCAGCUGUCAGCAGUUACCUCAGCGCUGCCAGCCCCGCUCCGAGCACCGGAUUCAGCCAUAGUCUGGGGGGCCCUUUGAUCGCCACAGCCUUUACUAACGGCUACCACUGAGAGAUGCAGAGCUGUCGACUGAGAGCUGGAAGGAGUUGAAGCUGCUUUGGAGCUGAUCUGGUCGGUCUCGGUCCAGCCCUCCUCUUGUGUCGGGGCUGCUGAACCUUCACCCCCCUCCACCCUGGUGUCACCCCCGCUGACGCCUCACUAAACUCCACCUCCUGAAAAAGAAAAAAAAAAUCACACACGGAGCGAAAACGUUCAUGACUACACAUGAUAGCAUCACAGACACACAUGCUGUAUUUUUAGUCUUUUUUUUCUGUUGUAAUGUUUCACUUUGUUUUUUGUUUUUUUGUUUUUUUUGUGAUGGCUGCGUUAUUUCUUUAUCUGUUUGGCUGUUUUAUUGGAUCGUUUGACCUCCAAUUAGGAGAAGAAUCUGAGUGUUUGAAGGUCAGGAGCUGUAAUUUGUACUGGAAAACUGUAUAUUUGUCACUUGUUCAUGCUGAAUUUUAACAAACAUUUGAUUAAUACUAUUUCCUAAGAAAUGUGUCAUAAAGUGUAUAUCUUGGUAGGAUUUUUUAACAAAACUUGUUACACUAAUAAUGUCAUUAGUCACAGUUACAUAAUAGGCCUACAUGGAGCUGUACAAUUUUGUAAAAUAUUGUAAAUAUGACCGGUUUCUGGGGGAGGGCCUAUAACGAUUUUUGUGUGGGAGGAUUUGAGACAAGGUAAGGCUGAUUCAAUCCUUUCGUGUUGGAAAGUUUGACUGUUACCAGUCCUAGUUUCGCACAAAGGUCGAAAACAUUUCAGUAUCUUUGAUGUCAAUGUCAGACCAGCCACACGCUGUAUUUCCCACGGAUGAUUCUGUAUAUGAGGAGGCUGCGUCUGGAAAAAAACACUUUACUUUUGGGGAUAUUUGGGUGUGAAAACGCUCCUCUAUCAGGAGACAAAACAUGCUGUUUUCUUACUUUGUCAUAUUUUUGUUUUAACUGUGAUUUUCAACAUGUGAUGAUUGUUUGUGAAGGAAAAUGAAGGAGUAGUUUGCAGGAGCGGCCGUGCACAGUUAACACAGUGACGACUGAUUCGUCCUGCAGGUUGUGUUGAUGUUUGCGUGAGCGUGUCGUCAUUUUCACACAUUGGUUUCCAAUGUGCCAUGUACUGUUUUUCUUUUCUUUCGAGGGAUUGGUACCUCAGUUGCAAAUGUGAAAUUUUAAUCUGAUUUUUUUGUGUUUUACAUUAACAUCUUUGUCAUCUUUGGGGAUGUUUUACAAGGAGGGGUCUUAUUAACCCUGUUUACCUGUCGCCCCCCCACCUCUCCAUCCCAUCGCUGCGUAUCCACUGGAGGUCACAGACUGUAGCAAUGUGGCCGCUGUUUUUAGACCAAAACAUUCAUGUUCAGAGCUACUAAGACGUUGCACUGGCCGAUCAUGAUGAUGAUGAUGUGUUCUCCUUCGAAUGUUAGCUGAAGAACAAAUGAAGCACUCUGACCCACGAAGCACCAGGUUUUACAUUUUGAUACACACACUCUCACACUGCUGCGGGCUACGAUGGUAGCUCAAACUUUGAUGCUGUUUUCACUGAGAAGUAACAAUCGUGUCCACACUGUAACAUUUUCUGAUUUUAUUUUCCUGUAAUGUUUAUUCCUUUGAAAAAAAAAAAAACUUUUUAAAAUUCCUAAUAAAUUAUU